AUGGCGAGCACAGUCGGAAAGGCAGCAAUUGCUUGGAAUGCAAAGGAGCCUCUAUCCUUGGAAGAUGUGGAAGUGGCGCCACCAAAAGCACACGAAGUGCGCAUGAAAGUCCUGCACACUGGAGUGUGUCACACAGACCAAUAUACACUCUCUGGCGCAGACCCGGAAGGCGCAUUUCCCUCCAUUCUCGGCCACGAGGGGGCUGGUAUUGUGGAAUCUGUUGGAGCCGGAGUGACUAACGUGAAGCCUGGAGAUUUUGUCAUCGCACUAUACACCCCCGAAUGCGGCGAAUGCAAAUUUUGCCGAUCUGGAAAGACAAAUCUGUGCGGAAAGAUCCGUGAUACCCAAGGCAAAGGUGUGAUGCCCGAUGGAACAUCGCGUUUCCGAGCACGCGGCAAGGAUAUCCUACACUUCAUGGGCUGCUCAACAUUCUCCCAAUACACCGUUCUGGCAGAUAUUUCCGUCGUUGCUGUCACCGAUCGAAUUGGAACCGACCGGUCUUGCCUUCUCGGCUGCGGAAUCACUACCGGAUACGGUGCAGCAGUUUUCUCCGCCAAGGUCGAGGAAGGCUCUACGAUAGCUGUCUUUGGCGUAGGCUGUGUUGGAUUAUCAAUCAUUCAAGGUGCCGUUAGGCAAAAGGCAAGCAGAAUCAUUGCGAUCGAUCUGAACGAUGGAAAGGAGUCUUGGGCGCGAAAAUUCGGAGCUACGGAGUUCAUCAAUCCCACAAAGGUGCCGCGAAACAAGCUUCUCCAAGAGCAUUUGGUGGAUAUUACGGAUGGAGGGUGUGACUAUACUUUUGAUUGUACUGGUAAUGUCACUGUGAUGCGAACUGCCCUCGAAGCCUGUCAUAAGGGAUGGGGUGAGAGCAUCGUUAUUGGUGUUGCGGCUGCUGGCCAAGAAAUCACCACACGACCUUUCCAACUCGUUACUGGCCGAACUUGGCGAGGCUGCGCCUUUGGUGGCGUGAAGGGCCGUACACAGCUACCAAGCCUUGUUGAUGACUAUCUUAAUGGUCAGCUAAAGGUGGAUGAAUUCAUCACUCACCGUCUGCCGAUCGAACGCCUCAACGAGGCUUUUGCUCUGAUGAAGGAGGGAGGCUGUAUUCGUUGCGUUGUGGAUAUGAAAUAG